AUGGAAGGUGAAAACUCCGUGUACUACAAAGACUACGAGCAAGUUGGUGAUGUUUUACUCAAACCAAGUGUAACCGAGUCAAUGUUUACAUCUUGGUUUGAGGCAAACAAAACUUACGAGGAAGCAAGGUUGCUAACUUAUGGUGACUUUGUUUCUAAAUUUGUUUAUCAUAAAAGAAGUCGGACUUGGAAGCCAAGGAAAAGAGGAUAUACCAUUGGUCGACUCAUUUGGGUUCCACAAAGCACUGGUGAAUUGUUUUAUUUAAGAAUGAUGCUCACUGUCACAAAGGGUCCUUUAUGCUAUAAUGACAUUAAGAAAGUUGAUGGAAAACAACUUAAAACUUUUAGGGACGCAUGCUUUGCGAUGGGUUUUCUACAAGAUGAUCGAGAAUUUGUCGAGGCGAUCAAAGAGGCACAUCUUUGGGGUUCCGGUCCAUUUUUACGCAAGUUAUUCGUGACAAUGUUGUUAUCUUCUUCCAUGAACCGACCGGAACAUGUAUGGAGAAAGACUUGGAUGUAUUUAUCAGAUGGCAUCCUUUAUGAGCAACGCUUAUUCACAAGAAACCAAGGUCUAACAAUGAGCGAUGCCGAGCUAAAAGAAAGGACACUUAUGGCCAUUGAGACACUUUUACAAAAUAAUAAUCGGACUCUUAAAGACUUCAAGACAAUGCCAUAUCCAAAAGAUUUUGUCGUCUCCUUUACGGGAAAUAGACUACUUUACGAUGAACUUCAAUAUGACGUUGUUGUUCAAAAACAAAUUUUUGAUACUUUGUAUGCUUCUCUUACAGGUAAGUAG